UCUAUAACACUAAAAUGCAUGGUUAGAGUGGGGAGGCCAGUUAGGCCAAUUCUUUUCUGAUGAUCAAGUCGAUGAUGGGCAUCUCAAGGGCUUAAAUAGAUAAAUUGGUAAGAGAAGGAAUUCAAAAUAGAGAAAUCCCCCUUCCCUUGUGGGUCUUUAUAUCAUUCAGGGUUGCACUGAUUUGGUGGGUCUGAUCCCACCAGUUAUUGAGCUGUCUGAUCCAUUCUAUAGCUGAGUGAUUGAUCACCUAAUCUUGUCCUUGAUUAACUAUCAUAGCUUCAUAAUUUAUGUUAAAGGUUCUUCUGAUGCAAUGUAGGAGGAGUUAAUAGCAUUUAUUGUUUAUCUCAUCACAAUAGAUGCAACGUCUGCCAUCCUAAGAGGGGACAGGUUCACAUCUUGUUGCAAUGGUUGCCUCAAAGCAGGGCGGUCAUUCUAGGUCAUUGCCAUUGAAAUCCCUAUCGCCAAAUGACUCGUGUCUCUUCGUAUAACAUGUGUCCUUUGGUUUGACCGUUCCCACAAGUAGAAUUUUUGUAUUGUGUAAUGUCCAGAUUGUAUAUCAUUAUACUUAUUCCACUAUAAACCAGUGCCCUAUUUACUCUCCUCGGUUCCAUCAUUUUCUCUCUUUUUUAUAUCCAUCAAUCCAUAUGGAGUUGCAUAAACUUUUAUGAGGUGGAUUUGCCAAUGAAUUCCAUAUAUGUUUGCACUUGAUAAAACAAAUGUCUCCUCAUCCACCAUGAUUCCUUGAAAAUUUUUGAAGUGAAUAUUUCUUGAGGAAUGGAGGACCUCUAAAUAGCUGGAAGGUAUCUAAUAACUUUCUUUUUAUUUCUUUAUUUUUUUGUUCUUUUAUAGUUAAAAAUUGGAUAAUAGAAAUGUGUGAUACUGGACAGGUGAACAAUGCAGGGAUAGGUGGAACGGUUGUAACGGAUCCUGAUGCUUAUAGGUCAAGAAUUGCUUCUGCUGAGGCAGUAGGAAAAGUCAAUUGGAAGGGAAUAAGGAUUGAGCCUUUUGAGCUGGUGGAAGAAUGCCUGAAAAUAAACUAUUAUGGGCCAAAGAGGAUGAUUGAAGCUUUCAUUCCUCUUCUCCGGUUAUCAGAUUCGCCAAGGAUUGUCAAUGUUUCCUCCUCAAUGGGAAAGCUGCAGGUGCAGAAUAACACUAAUCCUCAUUCAGAAUACAAUGUUGAUAUAUACUUAAGAUGUUCAACCAUGUUUGUAAUUGGGCAAUUUGAUGAAAUUCAGUAGAGUUGGAUUGGAGCCAAAUGAUUCAGUUUGAAACUUGGAAGGAUCAAGUUUCAUUGUGAAUUUUUCAUUACAGCUCCACUCAAAAGAUGCCUUGAUUGAGUCAACAGAGCAAAAUAUUUUUGUAAGCUUAUUGAACUUUAGAUUGGUGAUGGAAGAUCUACUUGUCACAUCUUGAUUUGUUUAGAAGAAAACCAUGUGAAGAAAAGGGUUGAUUGAUGCUGUUUGGUAAGUGUAAUUAAUAAUAUUGAGGUAAUGCAUACUAUUAUAUAAUGCACAUAACUUGCUUAUUUUCCUGGAAA